AUGCAGGCGACAGAGAAGAAGCUCUCGAACCCAAUGAGGGAUAUCAAAGUUAAGAAGCUUGUUCUUAGCAUCUCUGUCGGUGAGAGUGGUGAUCGUCUCACCCGUUCCUCCAAGGUGUUGGAACAGCUCAGUGGUCAAACCCCUGUUUUCUCCAAAGCAAGGUACACUGUGAGGUCUUUUGGUAUAAGACGUAACGAAAAGAUUGCUUGCUACGUCACCGUGAGAGGAGACAAGUCAAUGCAGCUUCUUGAGAGUGGCUUGAAA